AUGAAAAUGACAGUAAUAAACUCUCAUUUUCCAACAGAUAUUAUACAAUUAGAUAUAUCAUCUGCUUACUUGUAUGCUCCAUUGGAAGAAGAACUGUACAUUCGUUCUCCACCCCAUUUAGGAUUACGAAAUACAGUACAUAGACUAAAGAAAUCACUUUACGGUUUGAAACAGUCUGGUGCAAACUGGUAUAAGAAGAUAACCAAUUUUAUUAUUAAUAGUUGUCAUAUGAAUUUUGUACCAGGAUGGCCUUGUGUAUUUUAUAAAAAAAUCAAUGAUUCAAUCGUGAUAUUAUGUCUUUUUGUCGAUGAUAUGGUAUUAUUAACUAAUAAUCGUCAACUAAUAAAUGACCUUAUUUCUCAACUCCAAUCACAGUUCGAAACCAAAGUUGUCAAUGACGGUGCUCAAAAGAUUAAUCAAUAUGAUGUUCUCGGUCUGGAAAUAGAAUAUAUUAAAGGAUUAUCCAUGAAAAUGGGUAUGGCUAAAUCUUUAGAAGAAAAACUACCGAAUCUACGUGUAGACCUUAACAAAAGUAGAAAAGUUCCAGGAACACCUAAUGAAAUUAUAAGAGAAAGGGAAUUUUAUCCGACUGAGCAGGAGUACAAGAAUAAGGUGAAAUGGCUACAAAAAGCAAUCGGUUUAGCUUCAUAUGUCGGUUACAAGUACAGAUAUGAUAUAUUAUAUUAUGUCAACACGCUAGCUAGACAUACUCUAUAUCCAUCAAAACAAGUCAUGAGUCUAACCAAACAACUAAUUCAGUUUAUUUGGUCAACAAGGAACAAACGGCUCAUAUGGCACAAGACGUCCAACUCCAACAUUAACUAUUUAACUGCUGUAACUGAUGCUGCUUUUGCAAAUCAACACGAUAUGAAAUCACAAUUUGGAAAUAUGUAUUAUCUAAAUGGAAAUUUGAUUGGUGCUAGGUCAUCUAAGUCAACAAUUACAUGCACCUCUUCUACCGAAAGUGAAAUUUAUUCAAUUUGUGAAGCAAUUCCAAGAUUAAGAAAUUUAAAUGUUCUAAUUCAGGCUAUAUCAGACAAGGAGGUCAGGUGUUCAAUAUUAACUGACAGUCAAACUAGUCUCCAUCAAAUCAAAGUAAGAGACAUAUCAAAAAUCAAGAAUAAAUUUUAUGGUACUAAGGUUUUACGCAUUGCUGAAGAAAUUGAAAAUGAUAAUAUAUCAGUGAAUUAUAUUAACACAAGUCAAAACGUUGCUGAUAUUCUUACAAAACCUUUGAGUGUUAAAAUUUUUGCCAAGUUAACUGAGAAUUGGAUCUACUAA